AUGAUCGACCUCGAGGAGAAGCUCGAGCAGCGCGACGCUACCAUCGCGUCGAUAACGGACGAGAUAACCCGCCUCACCGAGGCUCUCCGCGUUUCAGAAGCUCAUAGGAUGCCGGAGGCGCCGCCAGCUGCGAACGAUCAAUCGCCGAGCGACGGUGGCUCCGCGGAGUCGGCAAGCAGGGGUGACGGAGCCAAGAAACCCAAAAAACCCCCACAGACGGUCGAGGAGGCUAGCUACGAGCUGAACGUGGUUCAGCCUUGGCGGAAUGCAACGACCGUGAGGGACGCGUGGCGCCUCUGGACCUCGUGCACCAUCGCCGACACCCGUCGUCUGUGCGACAGGUUCUUCGAGCCGGGAUUCGUCGACCGCCACACCCUCCUCGACGGAGCCUCGCAGGGAGCACACGGGACGAGGGUGCGCCGCAUGAUGACGGUAAUCGAUGCCGUGCGCCAGCUUCGCAGGAGCGACGGCGAAGCCGACACCGAAGCCGUCGUCGACGCGCUUAACACGAUAGAGGCGCCUGGCAUUGGGACCUUCUCGGAUGCCCUCACGGUGCUCAACGCGGGCAACAAACCGACCUAUGCCGGUGCGCUCGUGGCGCGCGGGUUCAAGCCGGAGAAGUUUGUCGCCGACCUGUUCCCGGACACAUGGGAGGAGGGGAUGAAGGCGGCGUUGGCCGACCUGGCCCGCGAAAACGACGCCGGGAAGCUGCCUCCGACCAAGAAGUCGACCAAGCGCAAGAAGACCGCGUGA